AUGUUCGUCUCAAGCUUCCGUUGCUCUCUACAACCACGGUCGGCGCUCUCGUCUUCCAUCAGGCCAGUUGCUUCGAUUACCAGCAGACGCGCCAUGUCGUCUCAGUUCACUCUAGACACAUACAUUAUCACGCCCGCCGAACUCAACUCGGCUUUGCAGAAGAACAUUCACAGCAAGCUCUCCACUGCGCCGAGGACAAUUCCCCUAUGUGCCUCGUGGUUUUUGCCCAACGAUGGCCGCGAUGGUUAUAAGACCUUCCUCGAGCAGCGCAUUCCGCAUGCUCGCUUCUUCGAUCUCGACGCAGUCAAAGACCCGCACUCGCCAUAUCCACACAUGCUUCCCUCGCCCAAGAUCUUCGCCGAAGCAAUGCAGCAUAUGGGAAUCCGCCGAGAGGACAGCGUGGUUGUUUACGACACCAAGGAGCUCGGCAUCUUCAGUGCCCCACGGGUAGGCUGGACGUUAAAGGUCUUUGGCCAUGAGAAUGUCCAUGUGUUGAAUAACUUCAAGAAGUGGGUUGAAGAAGGCUACCCCACAGAAAGUGGCCAAGGAAAGGAGCCGUCCCCGACCGAGUAUCCUGUCCCGGAGCUUGACGAGAGCAAGGUCAUUGCGUUCGACGAGGUCAAGGCGCUUGCAAAGGAGAUGAAGAAGGAGGGCGCCGAGGAGACACAAAUUCUGGAUGCGAGAAGCAAAGGAAGAUGGGAGGGUAAGCUUCCGGAGCCAAGAGAGGGCCUUUCUUCUGGUCACAUCCCGUACUCCAUCUCAAUGCCAAUCACCGAACUCCUGGAUCCGAAGGACAAGACUCUUCUGCCAGCAUCAGAACUUCAAGCUAUUUUCAAGUCAAAAGGCGUCGACGCCUCAAAGCCCAUCAUCAGUAGCUGCGGAACCGGCGUCACAGCAGCAGUGAUCGACGCCGCCUUGACCGAAGCUGGAUAUCCUACUCAACAGCGACGGCUAUAUGAUGGGAGCUGGACAGAGUGGGCGCAGCGAGUGAAGCCAGGCGAAGGAUUGAUUCGAAAGACCGAGGAUCAAGGCGUCAAUCCAGGCUCGUUCCCCGCGCCCCUUCCCACGCCUGUAACCGUGUUUCCAACACCGCUCGUCACACCCGCCGCCGUACCCUUGACAUCCCCCCGCCCAAUCGCGCCCGUCGUCUUACUCACCGUGCCCUGCACGCCCUUUGUCGCCGCGCCCGCCGUGUAG